UAUAUAGAAAUACAUUCAUUUCAGAACUUUCAAAAUGGCAAGCAAAUAUUUGCUAGGCUCUGUUGGAGGGUUAGUCAGCUAUAUUGCAGGAAACUAUUACAUUGACUCUGCAACCCCGCUUCCUAUAGAGGUUGCUUCACCCCGCAUGGAGGCUGCUGGAGUUAACGUUUUGCCAUUGAUACAUGCUGUAGUGAAAGCUCUUCCUCAUUCUAUGCGAGAAAACUUUAUGGCUAAGGUCUCCGGGCCAAAGGAGGAAAGAAUAGUUGACUGGUUUGAUGUAUUUAAUGAAGAUCCAUACAAAAUCGACGAGGUUGUGAAGAAUAAGGUCUGGAAGGUGGAAUAUAAGCUUCAAAAUUCUCUUGCAUUCAGUAAAGAGGGCAGUGCAAUGGGUAAGAUGCUUGGGAUGAGUUUUGAUGACGAAGAGUCAGCUUGGAAGGUUAUGCAGGGCGUUGAAGCAUCUGGACGAAUUGCUUCAGCUCAGGCCCUGAAGGAUCUGGAAACAUGCAGACAGAUAAAAGAGCUGAUAGCUAAAGAAGGAAAGACAAAAGAAACCAUAAGAGCUGCUGGUCCUUGGAUCAUGAACAUGAUUGUUGUUAAGCUAGACAAUGGUGACAUCAUGCUGUACUCUCCAGUACAGGUUAGAGAGGAAACACUAGGACCCUGGUUAGACUCACUCGGAACUGUGAAAUGGAUUGUCCUAGGAUCCAGUGCACACACUUUGCAAGUACAAGAUGUCAUGAAGAGAUUUCCUGAUGCCACUCUUGUGGGUUCUAAGGAUGCAUGGCUAAAGUUAAAAACUGUGAAGAAUAUGAAUAAAGAAAAUCUGGACUUUGACUACACAAAGGAGAAUGACCUUGAUAGAUUAAAUAAACUUCUGUCCGAGGAAGGUGUUAAAUUCCACUACAUCAAUGGCGACUGUGCUACAUCAGCUUUGGUUGUUGUUGCACAUAAAACUGCACUAGAGGUUGACUUGGUGUACUCACUCGAUGAUGGGGGAAUUUUUGCAUAUCCAAAGAAGAGGCUUGACGAGUACACUGAUGACAGUUACUUUGUAAGAUUGUUUAAAUGGGGACUUGCAAGUAGCCCGAAUUCCCCCAACAAUGCUCUUCCACCGUAUAGAUUUUGGAUGAUGGACCCGACGAAUCCUUUCAGUUCUUGUGGCUUGACUCUACCUAAAAAAGAUGGAAGCUCCUGCACCGAUAUGGCAAAUUCACUCAGAACAAUGUUAGCUGAUGACUUUGACCAAGCAGUUGGUGUUCAUAUCAAUUGCCUAACAAGGGAAGAAUUCCGUAAGGCCAUAGAUCUAAACUGGAGAUGGUUGGAUGGGAAAUCUCUGUUGAAGAAUGAAAUAAAGAAUGUUGACAAAUAAUUUAGUUUUUAUCAAUGUCAAAGCCCAGUUAAAAUAGAAACCAAUUUAGUUUAAGAUUUAAAAUAAACGUGUUUGUUCUAUCUCAAAAAAUUGUAACUAUUAAUCCUU